AAAUCAUCAAAAUAAAAGCCUGCUGUUUAUUUACCUUUGAUUUUGAUCGUGUUGUGUAGGUUCCGAAAUUAUAAAUGCUCAUUCCAACUGCUAUAAGAUUCCUUAUAUCAAUUAUAAAUUAUUCGAAAACGAAGCAUCAACACUUGCUGAGCGACAAUGUCCCGUGUGACUAAAAUCAAGCACAUCAUCAAAGAACAGGAAGCGGAUGAGUUCGACGUUCCGAAAGAAAACCAAACGAUUGUUCGGGUGGUCGCCAGUCGUGGAAAUAACUUGCACGAAGUAGAACCGGCAGUCGAUGGAGAGGAACGCUUCCUAGUAUCUAUGCCGGGAAAGUUUCGUAAAAAUUUCUGGAUCAAGAGAGGCGAUUUCGUCCUGGUGGAACCGAUAGAGGAAGGGAACAAGGUAAAGGCGGAAAUUUGUCGCAUCCUCAAUGCGGAGCACAUUAAAGUGUUCGAAGCGGCAGGAGUUUGGCCGAAACGCUUCACCAAAAAGCGCGAACAUGACGAUGAUCUCGAUGAAGAUGGAUUGGUGAUGAACACCAACCGGAAGUUUGCUGUGGAAGAGAGCAGCGACGAGGAUGAUGAAAGCACGGACGAGAGCGAAAAUGAAUCGUAACUGGAUUUUCUUUUGCAAAAUUUCAUUAGGCUACCCAUAAGAAAUACAUUUGUGGUGUAGAAAUGCAAAAUGCUAAAAUUAAGUUUCUGCGCUUCAAAUAUGUAAUACCUAUAUGAAUAAGUAUACAGUAGUUUUCAAUUCAGAGAAUAAAAAGUUAAGAAAAUUGCGUUUUA